UUUUUCGUUUUCUCAUUUUUCAAAUCAUCAACAAACCCAGUGGACUGUCUAGAUGGAGGGAAAAUGAAUAAAAUAGCGUAAAUGGGAGUAGUAUGUGUGUUUGCCUGUCCGGUGCCUGAGGGUAAGAGUGGUCAGCAGGUGGUGGACGGCCUCCAGAAGCAGGUGGAGAUGAUGGGAGCCAGUAAGGCCGGUAACUUCCUGGUGGACUGUGAGACGUACCAGUCCAAUCCACAGAAUGUGAUGCAGUCAGCCCAGCAGUGUGUCGUCAACAUUCUCCAUAACAGUGAGCACCCAGCCUCGUGUUUUGCUGUGACAGAAUCGGGACAGAUUUUGGUAUCAGACCUUCUGUUCGAGGAUUUGAUGACAAAAUUAACCAUGGCAAAGGCAGGGAGGGAGAGCUUCUACUCUCAAAGAAAAGGGUUCAAAAUUGAGUCAAGGGGCCAGAGAUAUGAAAUAGGAGACUUCAUUAUCAAGAUUGGUUCUGUUUCUAUGGGAUCCAAUUUCAGAGGAAUUUUAGUAGAGGUGGAAUAUUGCCCUUGUGUCAUCAUGAACGACUGUUGGAACAUGAUGAAGGAGCUCCUACAGAGUUUGGUGGGUAGUGCAGCGGAUGCCCCUCCGUCCAUUCUCAAGCACAAACCAGACACAGUGUACACACCGUCAGAUACAAUACUGCAGUAUCAGGAACAUUUCAAUAACUUCAGAAAAACAGUGCCAGCACUCCAACCUACCAGGUGAUCUUAAGUGAUGUGAGGAGAGUGGAUUCAAACAAGAAUGCUAUUCUGAAUGGUCAGACUUGAAAGAGUGCUUUAUGAGGAAAGUUUAAAACUAUUCUUGAACUGAAGCAUGAAAAGGAAUGUAUUGACAUUGUACUGAAUUCACAACAGAUUUUGCAAAGACCUAGUUAAAAUUUUAUCUGAAUUGAAUUUUUGAUCACCUGGUUGAAAAUUGCCAUGUGUUUUACAAUGUUGGCUUUUUGGGCUUAUAUAUACAGUCAUGCAGAUCACAUUACUGGUAUAUGAACAAGAUCAAUGAUCAGGCAUUUUUGUAAAUAUUUCAUUGAGUAGUUUUUGAUCAGGUUUUGCAAGAAUUAUGUACUCUUGCUGUAGAUACAUGUGUUUGACACGAUUAUAAAACUUAACAAAUUUGUAUGAUGAUGUCUCCAAGAAACUUGGCAUAAUUAGUGAAUACUGAUGAAGGAAACAAACUUGUGAACAUUUUGUUUUAAAAAGUGUAAAAUAUUGGAUGCAUUUACUGGUUCAAUAAAUCUAACAACAAUGGUUAUGAA